UGCCGUAAAAAUAAUGUCUAACCACUAUUCUUAUACAGUAUCUAUGAGCAAUAUAUGCAUUUUAGGAGCUCGAAUUCGUAUAAUUUUUUAAUUAAGCCAUUAAGGCUAACCUCGUGGCUACACCUCAUGCAUACUGAGUUCCAAAACGCCUCCGAUGAAGUGAUCAACAAAUACCAUUCUCGUGGCAUUGAGUAUGCUCUCGAUGAGCUAGAAGCCUACCUUCAUUACCCUCUAAUCCCUCUGCAAAGAGAUUUUGAUAACCUCAUUAAUGCUAUUCCUGAUCCUUCUCGUCCAGUGUCUCUUUGGCAGAAUGUCAAGGCCCUCAGAAUGGAGCUAUUAAUGAGCAUCAAUUCUAUGCAGCUCAGUUUGAACGGAGGCCGUCGAAUGAUUCGAAGAAUCAAUAAUCCGGCGGAAACGGACGAAGAAAGCGUUGUUGCCGACGAGCGUGACAACACCGAUCGUGUAUGAGAUAACUGGCUCGAAAAAUACAUGAGAGAUUGAUUU